UUGAACGACUGAAAAUCGGCUUCUUCUUCUUCUUCUUCGAUAAAUUGUUCGAUUUUGAUUUGAGCCGAUUCCAAAUGUCGUCCAAAUUUUGGUAACAGAUCCUUGUAAGAAUUCCACUGGUGACGCCAUUUCUGUAACGAAGAAUUCUUCUUCCACCGUUGUUGAAUCCUGAAACCGAGAGAUUCGUGAAGGAGAUGAAGCGAUUAGUGAGUGUUGUUUUAGUGAUUCUGGCCAUUGGUUUGUUUCCGACGUUUGAGUGUUCGAAGAAGCCAUCGGCGGCUGCUAGAAGAGAGGAUAUUCCGUACAUCAAAUGCCAGGUUUGCGAGAAGCUUGCUGCGCAGUUGUAUCACCAAGUUGAGAAGAAGCAAGUUGAGAUUUCUCCCAAGAAGAUCUCGGAGUAUCAAAUUAUCGAAAUAGCUGAGAACGUUUGUAAUCUGAAGAAGGCAGAAGCUGAUUGGAUUUUACAGAUUGACAUUGUUGAACAAGGUGAUAGGCUUGAGCUAGUGGAUCAGAACACCGAAGGACAAUGCAAUUCAGAGUGCAAAACCAUUGAGCGUGCAUGUCAAGAGGUCAUGGGAUAUUCUGAUACUGAUGUUGCUGAAUACUUGUAUAGCUCCAAACCAACGAUUGAUUCGUUGGUUAACUAUCUGUGCAAGGACCUCACUAAAUCAUGCAGUACUAAGCCGCCUUUAGUUCCUAAGGAUAGGACUCCAGGUGAGCCCUUUGUGGCUAAGUCAUCCAAAGAAGCAGAGAUGGAAAAGAUGUUGAGAUCCAUGGAGGGAAUGCCAGGAGCACCCGGCAUGAAAAUGUAUUCAAGAGAUGAUCUAUUGAACAUGAAGAAUUUCGGAGGUGAAGAUGACGAUGAAGACGAGGAUGAAGACGAUAACUUCCCCUCAAAAUUGGGCAAAGUUUUGAGGGAGAAAGAGAGCAAGAAAAGUGAUUGGAAAAAUAGAAUUACUAAAGGCGUUUCCAAGGCAGGGGAAGCAAUAAAACAGCAUGCUUACAGAGUCUCAAACAAAGUAAGGCAUUGGUGGAGAGCAAAGACUGGAGGCUUAAAAAGUUCAAAGCCCAUCAAACAAGAACUUUGAAGUUUGAAAUAUCUUCUUUUAACACUACAAAUAGCUCAUUGUAUUUGCAUCGCCCCGAUAGGAAGUUAGCUAGUAAAUCUGAUAGCAAAUACAGAAGAGUUGUGGUUCAUAUCAAUCCAUGUUCUGAAAUUUUGUGGUUCUUUUCAGUUAUAUCGAGGAAAAACCAAGACUUGCUAUUGAAAGAGGCACUCCAGUUUUUCUCCACAGUUAAAAAGCACUUUUAGUUUUCUUCCAUGAUCUCUGAGCUAUCUUAGAAAUACUCUUGAUCUCUAAACAUACAUAACAUUCAUAGAAAUAAUUUAACACAUAGUUUAACA